GUGACCAGCAGAACUGUGAGAGUCUGCUUAUGAGUUUAGGGUUUGCCACACUUGAUUAAGCCUCAGAACAAGCAAGAUUUAAACUCACAUUCAGUUUUUACCCAUAAUCCAACUUCAAGGAGGUGAAAGGAUGGAGAAGAGUCAAAAUAUGAUAAAAAAUGAAGCUGAAGAAAAGACUCAGAUUCUAAAUUUUAAACGGACGGAGGAUCCCAACACUGAUGUUACAUCAACCUCCCAGGUUGCUGCCCAAGGUCAACAUUUUCCAUUGGCUGAGAGUGAAGAAAACAGGCCUCAGUUCACAACUGCCUCUGAAACAAACAAGGAAAACACCACACAGCCAAAACUUCAGCUAACUUUUAACACAUUCACAGUCAAGAAUGGUGAAAAUUUAAGAGUAGAGAUCCAAGUGGUUGGGCACCCUACUCCGAAGAUUGAAUGGAAAAAAGAAGGUCAGGCAGUUAAGGAGACAUCAAGACUAGAGAUCUUAAAUAAAGCUUCAUUAGCCAUUCUUCAUAUCCGACAUGCUGCCAGGGAACACUCUGGUCAGUACUCAGUCACUGCAAGCAAUAGUGCAGGAAAGGACACAACAGACAUCACCGUGGUUGUUCUUGAAAAACCUGACCCACCCACUGGGCCCGUGAGAAUUGAUGAGGUUAAUUCUGACUAUGUAAUUAUGUCCUGGGAUCCACCUUCAUAUACAGGAGGUUGCCAGUUGGACAAUUAUGUAGUGGAGAAACGGGAAACUACAAGCACAGAGUGGCAUACUGUGUCUGCAACAACAGUAAGAACCACAAUCAAAGUAACUAAACUGAAGACAGGAAAUGAAUACCAAUUCAGGGUGUCUGCUGAAAACAGAUAUGGAAAAAGUGCAACAAUUACCUCUCAGAUUGUGAUGGCAAAAUAUCCAUUCAGUGUUCCUGCUUGUCCUGGCACUCCCUUUGUGUCCACUGUGACAAAGUAUAGCAUGGUGGUUGAAUGGGAUCCACCCCGUAGAGACGGAGGCAGCCCAAUCACUGGCUAUCACAUUGAACGUAAAGAGAAGAACAGCAUUUUGUGGACUAAGCUGAACAAGUUGGUUUUACCUGACACUCGCUUCAAAGCAAGUGGGCUAGAAGAAGGUAUUGAGUACGAGUUCAGAGUCUUUGCUGAAAAUAUUGCCGGACUGAGCCCAUGCAGUAAUGUGUCGGACUGUUAUAUGGCAAGAGAUCCAUGUGAUCCACCUGGAAAACCUGAGGCCAUCGUGGUGACCAGAGACAGCAUCACACUUCAGUGGGCAAAACCUGAGUAUGAUGGUGGAAGCACUAUUACAGGGUAUGUAGUUGAAAAAAAGGAGCUCCCAGAUGGCAGAUGGAUGAAGGCGAACUUUACCAAUGUUACUGACAAUCUUUUCACAGUUUCAGGACUAACAGGAGGGCAAAACUAUGAGUUUAGGGUAACUGCUAAGAAUAGUGCAGGUGUUUGGAGCGUACCCUCAGAAAGCAUAACCAUUCUAGCUCAAGAUGUUAUUGAAGCACCCACUGCAUUUAUUGAUCCCAAAUAUAAGAGUACUUCUGUUGUCCAAGCUGGGGAAACAUUUGUCAUUGAGGCUGAUUACUUUGGUAAGCCUCUCCCAAAAGUUACAUGGCUGAAAGAUGGAAAAGAAAUACAUAAGGGUACAGCAAGAAUGGAGCUCAAAAACACCAUCACCCACACAACCCUCACUGCUAGAGACUGCACACGUAUGGACGGAGGGCGUUAUGUACUGAGUCUCAGUAAUAGUGGUGGAACUACAACCAUUUCAGUUAAUGUGAAGGUCUUAGAUAGACCUGGUCCUCCCAAUGGGCCACUGAAGGUGAAGGUUGUGAGUGCAGAGAAAUGCAACCUUAACUGGAACCCUCCUUUAAAUGACGGAGGUGCCGGUGUCACCCAUUACAUCAUUGAAAAAAGGGAAACCAGUCGUGUUACAUGGACAGAGGUUGAACCUCAUAUUGAAGCUAUAAGUUACAAAGUGACAAAACUGGUAUCAGGAAAAGAAUAUAUAUUCAGAGUAGCUGCUGUAAAUAAAUAUGGGGUGGGUGAAUUUCUGGAAUCGGAGCCUUUUAUUGCCCAAAAUCCCUUUAAGCCACCUAGUGCGCCUUCCGCUCCUAUAGCUAGUGCUGUGACUGGAGACUCAGUUGUGCUAACAUGGGAAAGACCCGAGAGUGAUGGAGGCUCUGAGAUCGAUGGCUACAUCCUGGAAAAACGUGACAAAGAUGGUGUCCGAUGGACCAAAUGCAACAAAAGAAGGCUAAACGACUUGCGUUUCAGAUGCACUGGGCUUACAGAGGGACAUUGCUAUCAAUUUAGAGUUCUUGCAGAAAAUGCUGCUGGUGUGGGUGCACCCAGUGAGUCUAGCGAGUAUGUAAAGGUAUGUGAAGCUACAUACCCCCCUGGUCCACCUUCCAACCCAAAAGUAACGGAUUAUUCCAGCAAUACAGUGUCUCUCACCUGGUCAAAACCAAUUUAUGAUGGUGGAGAUGCUAUCAAUGGAUAUGUUGUGGAAAUGAAGGAAGUUGCAGCGGAUGAAUGGAUUCCAUGCACACCAAGCACAGGCACAAAGGAAACAAACUACACUGUAAAGGGACUAAAAGAAAAUUCAGAGUACAACUUUCGUAUUUGUGCUGUAAAUUCAAAUGGAGUUGGAGAAUAUGUGGAUUUACCUGCUUCUGUAGUACCGACAGAAAAAGCUGAGGCACCAGAGAUCGAACUAGACCCAUCCUUGAGAAAGAUAGUAAAUGUUCGAGCCUGUGGCACCAUACGUCUUUUCGUUACCUUUAGGGGAUGCCCAGAGCCUGAGGUUAGAUGGUCCAAAGAUGAUGGCACUCUUGGUGAGCGCCCUCAAAUUGAGGUUGCAAACUCCUACACUGUGUUAGUAAUAGAAAAUGUCAACAGAAAUGACAGUGGAAAGUAUAUGUUGACUGCGGAGAAUUCUAGCGGUUCCAAAUCAGCAUUUAUCAAUGUGAGAGUACUGGACUCUCCAAGUGCACCAAUGAAUUUGGAAGUAAAGGAUGUAAAGAGAAACUCUGUCACCAUCUACUGGGAGCCACCCCUUAUUGACGGAGGAGCAAACAUUUCACACUACAUUGUUGAAAAGAGAGAGGAGGCUAGAAAGGCAUUUACCAGUGUUUGCAGCAACUGUGAAAGGAAUUCCUACAAGAUCGACAAUUUACAGGAAGGAAGCUUUUAUUAUUUUCGUGUUCUUGCAGUUAAUGAGUUUGGCAUUGGACAGCCAGCAGAGACUGCUGAGGCUGUUAAACUGUCUGAGGCUCCUCCACCUCCUGGCAAAAUCACACUGAGCAAUGUCACUCGCAGUAGUGUAAGACUCUCGUGGGAAAAGCCUGAUCAUGAUGGAGGAAGCAAAAUCACAUGUUACAUUGUCGAAAUGCAAACCGAGGGAGAUGAUACAUGGAUAAAAUAUUCAGAGAGUAAGGCACUGGAAGUGACAGUUAAUGGGCUGACACCUGAAAAGGAGUAUUUCUUCAGAGUGAGUGCUGUGAAUGAUAAAGGAUUAAGUGAACCAAAACCCUUGUUGACGCCUGUUACAGUGAAAGACACUAGUGCUAAGCCUGUUAUCAGUCUGCUGGCCAACACAUUUAAUGUAAAGGUAGGAAACGAUUUGAAGAUUGAUGUUCCUUUCAAAGGGAUGCCACCACCAUCAAUAGUCUGGAAUAAAGAGGGAAGCAUGUUGAAGGAAACGAGCAGAGUAAAUGUACAAUCAGCUGAAUCUGCAUCUCAGUUAUGUAUUAAGGAUGCAACUAGGUUGGAUGCUGGUGCUUAUGAGGUAAUCCUGACUAAUGCCGUGGGAACAACAUCAGCGGACAUUUUUGUUAAUGUCUUUGAAAGGCCUGGACCACCAAGUGAUCUCAGUGUAGAAGAAGUUAGUGCUGACUUUGUAUCUCUGUCAUGGCAACCCCCUACUUACACUGGUGGGUGUCAAAUAACUAACUAUGUUGUUGAGAAAAGAGACAUGGACAGUUCAGUAUGGCAAACUGUGUCAUCUACAGUCGCAAGAUCUUCAAUCAAAGUUUCCCGUCUGACACAAGGCACUGAAUAUCAAUUCAGAGUUGCUGCUGAGAAUCGCUAUGGAAAGAGCCAGUUUAUUGAAACAGAAACAGUCAUUGCCCAGUACCCUUUCAAACCACCUGGUCCACCCAUUAAUAUUCAUGUUGUCCAGGCAUCAAAGUCUGUAAUGAUCGUUGCUUGGGACAAACCAGACAGUGACGGUGGAAGCCCUAUUAUUGGUUAUCAUAUUGAAAACAAGGAUCAUAGCAGUAUCUUAUGGACAAAGGUAAACAGAAGCCCAGUGACUGAGAACCAAUACAAGGUGACAAAUGUUGAGGAAGGUCUGAUCUAUGAGUUUCGGGUCUGUGCUGAGAAUUUGGCUGGUGUUGGACCCUGUGGUAAGCCCUCCGAGCCGGUCAUAGCAAGAGACCAGUGUGAUGCUCCUUCAAACCUCACAGUGACAAAUGUAACCAACACCUCAGUUUCACUCUCCUGGAAUAAACCAAACUAUGACGGGGGUGCUAAAAUAACAGGUUACAUCAUUGAGCGCAAAGAACUGCCAGAUGGCUGCUGGCUGAAGUGCAACUUUACAAACUUAAUGGACACCUUUAUGGAAGUAACUGAACUUACAGAGGGUGCUCAAUAUGAAUUUCGUGUUACUGCAAAGAACGCAGCAGAGUGUUUUAGUGCUCCCUCUGAAUCCACUGGACCUAUUACAGUGCAGCAUGAUGUAGAGCCACCAGUUAUUGUUUUGGAUGACAAAUUUAAACAGGUAAUGGUGGUCAAAGCAGGAGACCACCUUAAAAUAGAGGCUGAAAUUUCUGGCCGCCCUAACCCCACUGUGUUUUGGUUAAAAAAUGGAAGAAACCUUAGCACCAAGGGAAGGGUUGAGAUAUUAGCUACAAAGUGCCAAACCUCUCUUCUAAUUAGAGAGAGUGUUAGGAAAGACUCUGGACAGUAUACUCUGACCUUGCAGAACACAGGUGGUAUCACAUCCAGGGUUGUGACCUGCAAGGUGCUAGACAAACCAGGCCCUCCUGCUGGACCUCUGGAAGUGUCUGGACUAUCAGCAGAGAAGUGCACCUUGUCCUGGGGACCUCCACAUGAGAAUGGUGGUGCAGAUAUCUCGCACUACAUUGUUGAAAAAUGUGAAACCAGCCGUGUUUCUUGGACCCUUGUUUAUGAUGACAUGAUGGCAACGACUUGCAAAAUAACGAAGUUACUCAAAGGAAACGAAUACCUUUUUAGAGUGAGAGCAGUAAACAAAUAUGGGGAGGGUGAGAUUUUGGAAAGUGAGCCAAUAAGAGCAAUGGAUCCCUUCACUACCCCAUCUCCUCCAACUGAUGUUGAAGUUACCAGUGCUACCAGUGAAUCUAUGACUGUCACCUGGAAGAGGCCUGCCUCUGAUGGUGGUAGCCGUAUCAGUGGUUAUAUUGUAGAGAAAAGGGAAAAGCAUGGUGUCCGCUGGGUAAAAGUGAACAAAAAAACAGUCUAUGAUCUAAGAGUCAAAGCCUCUGGUCUGCAUGAGGGAUGUGAGUAUGAAUUUAGAGUAUUCGCUGAGAAUGCUGCUGGUCUAAGUGAUCCCAGUUCACCAUCUCCUCUGGCCUUGGCAGAGGAUCCUAAAUUUCCACCAUCCCCUCCAGCAAAGCCUACUAUAGUUGAUUCAUCCAAGUCCUCCAUCACCCUGUCCUGGAACAAGCCACUGUUUGACGGUGGAGCACCAAUUACUGGAUACAAAGUUGAAUUUAGAAAACCAGAAGAGGAGGAGUGGGCUGUGGGCGUUCAAAGUAAAGACACGACAGAGUUUACUGUGACUGGACUUACAACUGGGGCAGAGUAUGUCUUUAUUGUGAGAUCUUUAAAUAAGAUUGGGAUGAGCGAGCCCAGUCCUGAAACAGACCCUGGACUUGUCAUGGAGAGGGAGGAGGAACCCAGGUUCACCCUUAGCCCUGAAAUGAGAAAGACUCUGCUUGUUAAAGAUGGCAGCUCCUUUACCUUGACAGUGCCUUACACAGGCAAACCAGCUCCUAAUGUAUCAUGGGAAAAAGCAGAUGUUGAUCUAAGGCUCAGGGGGCUGAUCCACACCAGUAACUUCAUUACAUCCAUCACAGUUGAGCAAGCAACACGUGAUGAUUCUGGGAAAUACACGGUCAGACUUCAAAACACGGCUGGAUCUGCAACCUUAACCCUGAAUGUAAGGGUUUUGGAUUCCCCAGGUCCUCCGACCAACAUAACAGUCAAGGAUGUGACUAAGAAUUCUGCCACUGUUACCUGGGACAUCCCAGAGAAUGAAGGAGGAGGCCCUGUAAAGAACUACCUGGUAGAUAUUCAAGAAAUUAGUAGGAAAGGUUGGACAAGACUCACAGACAAAUGCUGGCGACUGUCCUAUAAGGUGUCUGAUCUUGAAGAGGGGAAGAUCUACUACUUUAGAGUGACUGGUGAAAAUGAAUACGGCAUCGGGGUUUCAGCUGAGACAAAAGAAGGAACAAAAAUGACAGGAACAACAGACUGGGAGACAAACCAAGGAGCUUAGCUUUUCAACCAACUGCUAAAACCUGAUUACAUAAAGUGUGCUUUAGAUUUCUGGAUGAUUUUCGUCUUCCUUCGCUUAGAUUUAAGUAUUUGUAUAAGGAAUUUUACUAGUGGAAAAUGUUUGUAGGCCAUUUACAGAAAGAAAAUGUACUCCUUAUUUUUUAAAUGUGUUA